AGAACUAGCGUUGCCAAAUCCUCCGUUUCGGCAGCCAUCGAAUAGUUGCUGGUGUAAAAUCCUAACCCCUUUUGCAGCGGCUAAAUGCGUGCUUAUAUCCAUCUAAGUUACAUUAAAUGACUUAUAUUUCAAAACAGCAAUAAAAUCUUUUAAUUAGGUUCUCAGUCUGAUAUAUGUUGUUUAGGGUGAUUUAAUCAAAAAGACCUGGCAACCUUCGGCCACAAGCACAGAGGCAAAUGCGGACCGCUUAGCUAGUGUGCUAGCAGCAUACAUGUGGAGGGGAUCACAUCCCAAACUCUGCCAAAAUUCCCCUUUAGACCAAAUUCCACCAACUACCCCUGUAUCCCUCACAACAAACGUGUUUCAUUCAACAUGAAAGGCCGGAUCGAGUUGGGGGACGUUACACCCCACAACAUUAAACAGUUGAAGCGUCUGAACCAAGUGAUCUUCCCUGUCAGCUACAACGACAAGUUCUACAAAGAUGUUCUUGAAGUAGGAGAGCUCGCUAAGCUAGCAUAUUUCAACGACAUCGCAGUUGGUGCCGUUUGCUGUAGAGUGGAUCACUCUCAGAAUCAGAAGCGACUCUACAUCAUGACCUUAGGUUGUCUAGCGCCUUACCGCAGACUUGGCAUAGGAACAAAAAUGCUGAACCAUGUGUUGAACAUUUGUGAGAAGGAUGGCACUUUUGACAACAUUUACCUUCAUGUGCAGAUCAGCAAUGAGUCUGCAAUUGACUUCUACCAGAAAUUUGGCUUUGAGAUCAUCGAGACAAAAAAGAACUAUUACAAGAGGAUAGAGCCAGCAGAUGCCCACGUUCUUCAGAAAAGCCUGCGCAGCCCAUGUGCGCCCCCAGCAGGAGAGCUGCAGAAAGCCGACUAGGGAUCGAAGCGUGACACCAGAUUGGUCUCUUCCCCCAAAUGGAACUGUAACAGAUGCCCCAGGGUUGACACACUCACCACUUUCUUCAGAGGACAUUUUAAACAGAAAAAGUCAAUGACAUAUUUGCUGCAUUUAUUGUGCAAAAACUUUAGUCCCCCUUCAAUUGUUUUUUUUUUUUAUGUUUCAUAAUUUAGAAAGUUUAAAUUACAUGGAGGUUUUCAAGCAGAAUCCAUAAGUGCUCCAAAAAGCUGCUGACGACUUAUUGAUCUGACACGGUGAAGGUUAUGUUUUCAAAGCAUACUGUUUGCAUUUGUUUUAGAUUUGUUUAAGGUAAGGGGACAUAGCUUUGCUUGGACAAAACAAUAGAACUAAAGAGGUAAAGUCUUUAAAAUAUGACUCGAUGCGCCCCUGCUGGCAACCUUGGAGUGAUUGUUUGAAUCGUCUUAGGGGCACGUGGGAUCCACAGAAGUCCAUCACCCCGCCACCUGAGCCCUUGGACACCGGGCAUGGGAAUCUACUGGUGGCUGAGACCUCCUGCUUCACCAUGGAGGCAAUAUGCAGCAUUGGAGGGUUGCAUAUGAUGCAAUGUCUCCUUGUGAUGUCAGCCGCCUCAGUCUGAGUUGAGGCUAUACCAGUGAGGAAAUGGAGCAUAGAGCCCCCACGAACAAGAGAGUGGUACAACUGUUUUUAGUAAGGGGGAGGUUAAGGUUCACUUGUUUAUGAAUGUUUUGUUAUUUAGCCCAUUAUUUAAUAUCCCCAUCUUUUUUCCUCUCUUUUUUUAAUUUGUGGAUUGAGUCUGGGCUUUUUCUAGGGUUUGCAGUAAUGCUGCUGGGGAGAUGUUAAGGCUUCAGAUAACAAACAGGAAUGGCUUUUUAUGAGCCUUGACGGUUUAGUUGUUUACAGUGAAUGUGGUUCUCUAAUUUCUAGUCCACCAGGACUGAAGUUAGUUUAUUAGAGUUUUUGAUGGAAACAUUUAAUCUCUCUCCUCCUGGCCCCAUUACCUGCCUUUGUGUUUCUAGAUUUGAAUCCUAGCUUCUCACUUGUUACUGCAGCAGAGAUAAAUCCUCCCACGAUACAACAGUUACAUUUCAGUGAUGUUCACUGACCACCACCUAUUUACCAUACACAAUGUGGGAGUGUUACAGGUUAGUUCUACAAGCUGUUUUAUAGGACUUACAGAACCAGAUCCCAGGAAAAGCCCUGACUCAGUGCAUGUCAGGGGAGACAUGCCCUCAACAUUGUAGUAAAAGCAUGUUUUUGUUCCUCCUUUAUUUGGAAAAUUUUAUCUUUCUGGAGCUCUAUAUUGUAUGACUUUUAAACCUCUAAAUAAAAAGUACUAUUUGCA